UCAAGAAUAGGGAACAACGACGCUGCUGCGUAACAUCCGGUUAAACAUGGCUGCGCCCUGACAAAUGUCACACUCUCUUGUUAGGCAGAAAACAUUUCGGUAAUAUUUGCAGGUCGAUGAACAGUAGAGCGAAACAUCGAAAGGAAAAGACAGUGACUAUCAUCUCGUGUCUGCAGGGUGUUUCAUCAUGGUGCAUUUAUCGUCCCACCUUUUGAAGAGAUACCACAACGGCUACGUCGUCAUCCGGCUCGCCCUCGCAGGCCACAAACAAGCCAACCGACCCUUCUAUCGCAUCGUGGCGGCUCACAACAAGAGGUCAAGAGAUGGUAAAUACAUCGAGCAGCUGGGCAGCUUCGACCCGCUCCCUAACAUCUACAACGAGAAGCUUGUUGGUUUCAACUUCGACCGGAUCAAGUACUGGAUCGGCUGCGGUGCGCACCUGACCAAACCGGUGGCCAAACUUCUAGGGUUGUCUGGAUUUUUCCCCCUCCAUCCCAUGACGGUAACGGAGGCAGAGCGUCGUAGAGCUCAGGCCAAGCUGGCAGAAACUGCUGCAGGGACAGAGGACCCUCAGCAGGAGGAGCAGAAACAGGCUGACGUGUGAUCGGAUCAAAGGGAAGCUGCUGUUACUUUGAAAGAAAACUUAGAAAUACACGUUUUCUCUUUCUUGGUGGACUGCUCAAAGCAACUGAUCUAACGUCUUGAAGAACAAACUUCUUCAAAAGUGUCAACCAAUCAAAAUGCUGGAAAAAAAAAAUCAACAGUUGAUUGUGGAUUGACAAAGGCUGUAUCUUUUGGUUCUUUUUUUUUUUACUAUUAAAAAAAUGUGUGAUAACUGCAAGGCUAUGCAUGUUUUUACUAAAAACUUUUUCCCCCUUUUGAAAUUCACUCAAAACCCCUUUGUCUCAUACUAUGUCUUUUUGGUUUAUACAUUGGAGCCAUGUCAAAGUUUGUGUUUGUAGAUGGAGUUUAUGGCAAACACACAAGUCAUUUUAAGAAUCACUGAAUCUUUUUAAGAAUAAAAACUCCACCCUUCACUAUUUUUCUGAGAGUUGAGACAACACUAAACUAGAUUGCGAUCACUGACAGAAGUGGCUGCUGAAGUCAGUUUACAGUCACAGUAAAAUGUUGAUUCACCUGCUAUGAACUUUAAAUGUUUACAUAAAAGGUUUAACUUAAAUUGCUUCUGGCAAAGACUAAAUAUACGGGUAGAAGGUACAUUCUGCCGCCUCCUGAGCAGAAACCUAAUUCAUUAUAAUGUAUUUAUUUAAAAAUUAAGAACAAAGCCAAAACUUGGAAACAUUUUUAAAAAAAAUUAACUCUACAUGCAUUCAUAGCUUGUAGAGCUAAUUCAAAUAAGACCAUUUUAACUGAGUGUUUCCUAUUUUAGUUCUUUGGUAUUCUCUGAAUAAAGUAAUGUCUCGUCAUUGCAAUGCUGAAGAUUUUAGCUUAUGAAGUAGAGUGAAGAAGUAGGGCCUCCAGAUAGUUAUCUAUAUGUAUAUGAGCAGGGAUAAGACAUUAAACAAUGUUGCAUUAAAAAAUCUUAUCUAAAUAACCACUAGAGAAAAGCAAAAUCAGUUCCUGGUUAAACAAAGAAACAUCUGGAGUUUAACAGUACAGUAAGACUUAAAUGCCAUCAGUGAGGUUGUGUUUGUGUUUUGCUUUUGGUGAGCCUUGCUUUCAUCCUUUGCAUUCAUAAGAAGAAGUUAUAGUUGUGAGAAAUGGUAGUGAUUGAAAGCUAAAAUUAGGAAUGAAAACAGGUUUAGAGAAGUUGUGGACAUUCAGUAAUUUGAGUCUUACAUUCUUCAAUGGUGGCAAAAUGUGCUUUGGUUUAUAAUUCAUAAAUUUAUGAGGAGUUUUUUAAAGGUUGCCUUUAGUUAAACUUUAUAAACCCUCCUUGAAACUAACUGUUCAACCAACUAAAAUUAACCCAACGCUUUACCAGGAACCAGUUCGUCAUAAGAGAAGAAGCUGCUGAUAAACUGGCAUAACUGGGAGUUAAUGGCCGACUGCCAGGUUUAGGAAUCUCAGUACAUUCAUAAUUUCAUGACUUACUUUAGCACAUGUGUGACAAAAGUCCCUUUGAGUCUCCAUAAUUAAGUUAUAGCUUUAAUAGUGUUGAAUAAUAGUCAUUGUUAAACAUUAUUACAGUCAAUAAUGACACAGCUUAGAGAGAGAGCGAGACUUCCUGUUGUGACAUUUUAGCAAUGAUUUUCUAAAAAGCAAAGAGAGGCGUGGAUGACUUUACCAAAACCUCUUCAGACGUCAGUCAAAGACCAUCUUCACCUUGUCACAGCUCCUUUCUUUUUGUUGCUAUUGAUAUAAUUUAUUACACUGACUGAGAUCAUUAUGUUCAAUAACCUAUUUAUGGAGCAGACGCUGAAUUAAAUAACUGUAAUAUGUUGAGUAAAAUGUUAUUUCAAUAAAAGUCAUGAAAACUU